AAGAGGCGAGCAGCCGCUGCAGGAGAGGCAGGUGCCGUGAAAGGCCGCGUUUGUUUGCCUCUCUCUCUCGCCCUUUCUCGCGGACACUCGAGACCGCUGUUGCGUGCGUGUUGGUGGUGCCCGCGCAAAACCUCCACGACGUCUGCAACCCUCCCGCCGUCAAAGGACCUAUAUACUUGCUGAAGUGGGACCCUGUGGAGAUGCGCUACCAUCCGGGAGUGUUCCGGGGGAGUACCGAUUACUAAUACCACAUAUCGCGUUACAAUCACGCAACGCGGCCAGCUGUGCUCUGCACGCGAGGUGUGUGUGCGUGUGUGUACGUUGAGCGGGUUGCCUCAUCGCUACCUGUACGACUCGUUUCACACGCAUGGCGCUGAACCGGCUGAAGGCUGGUCGCGGUCUUCAGCCGGUUCCCGAGGAAUCUGCGGCCAACGGUACGACGGCUGACGCCCACCCGGAUGCUGCCGCCGUUCCGGUGAAUCCAUUGGAGCAGUGUGUCAAAAGUGCUGACGGCACCUCCACGAACAACGGAAAUGACAUCGCGGACCGUCGCCUCCGAAGGUGGUUCUCCGAGGACGCAAGUUCAGAGCGGCAUCCACCUGACGACGUCUCUGAGAAGGAGUACCGCAUCUGGUUUCCUCGCGCCGAGGUCUCCGAAGAAGACGUCGCGGGCCGUGCUUCGAGCGACUGGCGAACCUUCCGGGAGUACCGCUACACCGAGUGCUCCCGGGCCGGUCGGCUGGAGAAGACCCUCUCUGUGGAUGAAGUCUUCAACAGCAAAGGCUCCCCCCGGACUGCCGCCGUCAAUCCACCCACGUUGGCAUUCCACUGCGUCUCUUGCUCGAACAGCGACGAGGACAAGGGUGGCCCGUUGGACGUGGCAGAAGAAGGACGCUGCAGGAUGCUGUCAUCGACCAAGAGCGAGCUGUACAGGGAGCACCGUAGCCAGCUACUCUCGCGGCUGGAAGAUGACGACCCCACUCCGUGGGAAGCGUCGUCGCUGAAGACCGACAAGAAGCCAAAACUUUCCGAAGCCUCAGGGGAUACGGGUUCGGAAAAGGAAGCACGGACGUCAGUGUGCCAAACGAGCUCCAAGAAGGUUGCCUUCGAGGACGACAAUGCCAAGAAAGGUAGCUCGGACAUUCCGAGUUCGAGCGAGGAAGGACUGGCUUCGGCACCAGCGCCGAGGUCUCUAAUGGGUAACGAGAGCAGCAACCGUGAGGCUGUAAGCGCCGGCCUACAAGAUGCAAGCCUCGUGUCCGAGGACGACGACUUCGACGACUCGAAGUGUACUUACGUGAAGGUGGACAGCGUGGACUCGGAGGUGGAGGAUGAAACCGGUGUGACUAGGGAAACUGUGAUAGGGGCACCGUCGCUUGACGAUUUGGGGUACAUAGCAGAGGAACCGGAAGACGAAGUGGACGAGACCACUGGAGAUCUUGGGAAUCGAAACUCGUCUGCCACCACGACGCAUGAAGCUGCUCAGUCUGAAAGGAGCUCUAUGGUGUCUUCAACUGCAGAAGCCAGUCACCAGGCACCACUGUCUUCAAAGUUGGGCGUUAAAGAAGAAUUGAGCGAAACUGAUGAAAGAGGAAAGGAUUUGCAAUUUAGCAAAGUCACUUUGGACAAAACUGUACCCCUUGCUGCUGACGUGAAUGCGCUAGCAGGUGGAAAGUCUCUGAAGUGCCAUAGUGAUGAAUCAGAAAGCUCUCGCCUCGAGGAGCAAUAUGCUAAGCAAAUUAGCCAUCAUCACAAUGAGCCAAAAAAUACUGUUGAAGCAGCACCACAUCAGGCUGACUUGUCUGACACAGAAACGAAUGGAAGCGAUACCAAAUCGGAGGAAUCUGUUAUCACAGUGAAAGGUGACGCAAUACUUUUGCCAAGGACAAAUGACCAAAUCACUGACGAAGUGCUUGUAGACACUGUUAGUAGAUCUGCGAAUAAAGAAGAAAACGGUUUAGACACUCGCGAAACAUUCAUUACUGGCGAGAGACACAACCCAGAGCUGAUUUCGGGCAAAACUGUCGAUAUACAGGUGCCCACUGACACUGUGAAUUCGCAAAAAAUACUUGGCGAGGCUAAUGGGAGUAUCACAUCUCUUGUGAAUGUGACAGAAGAGCUACAGAAAACUUCGAAAAAUGUUUCAGUCCUUGUUAGCGAAAGUUCCUCUAACAGUGGCGCAUCUCAAUUUGGAACAUCCAUUGUCGACAACAAUAGUGGACAACUGACAAAUGAUGCAAUAGAAUUUCAAGAAACUAAAUAUUCUCGCAAAGACCUAAGUGAAAGUGUGGAUCGCGCAGCACGCGAGAGCAGGCAAGUGUUCAUUGAAGCAAAUGCUUGGCAUCAAGAAGAGAUCGGAAUGCUUCGAGAGAGUCAAGAGCUAACAAAAAAUGCAGCAGCGCAUAUUCUUGAUAUCAGUGAUCGUAUGGAGGAAAUGUUGGACACUGCUUCAGCAAAUGCCACGAAUUUACUAUCAUCGAAAUGCACGUUUGACAGCGAAAUGGAGGCUAAUGAUGAAGUUGGCAAGCGGCAGCACGCAGGAACCAUAGACGAACCUGACCAGAACGAUACCCAAGAAAGCAUGAAUGAAGGUCCAAGAGGUGCAUCAAAUAACGUUUCUGGACUGAAUACCCAAGAAAGCGUGAAUGAAGGUCCAAAAGGUGCAUCAAAUAAAGUUUCUGGACUGAAAGGGGACGACUUUUUGCAGUUUCUUAAGGGGGGAACAUUGAUGGAUGAAGUAUAUGAGCUGGAAUCUUUUACGUGUCUCAGCAAAGCGGACGAUGUCACACAGGAAAGUGUUACUGUUAUCAUGGACGACUCGCUCUUGAGUAGGGUAUUUCCUAGUGACAAAAAGAGCGCUGCUGAUGAACGUGAAGACCAGCAACAAUAUCCAGACGUCUGCCAAGAUGUCAAGAACAGCGCAGAAAACAAUCUGCAGAUUGGAGAACUGCUAAAACAAGACACCUAUCAAAGUGCCGAAAUGUGUUUUCUAAAAAACACUGAAGUUAAGACACAAAAAGUGUUGAUGUGUUUUACAGGUGGCGAAGAGCACACGAAGGAAACAUUGAAAACUGUUUCAAGCAUUCUAAGUGAUUCGCUGCCAAGAAAAGACAUCCUGCAGGAUGACGUAGCGCAUGUCGUGGGAGGCGUUAAGAAAGGAGACAAACAUUUAGCAGAGGGUGGACUGAAGGGUCCCCGAGAAGACAUGAGAGAACACUUCGGUGACAUGGCGCUCAAGAAUAGUCACGACUUUCGGGAUGAAGGGGCCUCUCAUCAUCAUCCAGCUGGGAUGCCAAAUGAAAAUGUGAAUACAAUUCAAGAUACUGGCGUAAUUACAGAAAAAGGGAGCGUGACCGACCAUGUUCCCAUGAUAUUGCCAGACGAUCACCAUCUUUUUAAAGUACCAGAAAUAUCUUCGUUUCAACGACAAGAAGGUACGGGAGUUACGAGAGAAAGUAACGAUGUACUAGAAAUUGACAGUACUGAACAAGUCGCUACCCAGCAUUGUUUGGCGGAGCGCGCUGUUCCUCAGGAAAACUCGCUCUCGUCUUCAAUAAAAACCAGCAUGCUAAAAGACGUCAUCGCCCUGAACAGGACUGAUGACGCAACCAGUUUUGACGAUGCGUCGCUUCAGGACGACAACGACCAAGGAUUCGAGUCGCUUCCUUGUGACCAAACGCUUGAUCAGGAAGAUUUGAAUGAGAAGCAAGUCAAGGAUGAAUUAUACAAUGUCGAAAAACACCUGCCCGCGGACAAUGAAGAUAACAGAGGUGCGGAUGAAUUGACCGCUUUAUUAGAUGAACUUGCGGAGCAUGGGAAAGAAACACCCGUUAGCCUCCAAUAUGACACUGGAGUACAAACUACGCCGACUGACGCCACUGGCCAAAACAAUGAGCCCCUUUUCGAGCAUAAGCUUCGAAGUUCGGCUAGCAUCGACGGAUGUGACAAGGAGGAAAGCGCGCAAAAAUGUGCUCACGGUAUGCGAUCAGACGAAAACGCGCAUCCCGCCUCGGCGAUGAGCUCCGAAAAUGAAGUACAAGUGGUGUCAAGCGUACAAACACCAGAAAGCAAAUCAAGUGAGAGUGGUUCUGCAGUUCCUGACGAACACAAGGUCACUGAGAUUGCAGGGCGCAACGAAGACAGCGAAGACAUUUCAGACGCUGACGUGGAGAAUACAAGAAAAAUAUCCGAAUAUUAUAUUGACCUUCAUAGCGUCAACACAUCGGGGUGGCAGAAAACCUCACAUGAGAAGGAGGAAAAGGCGAGCGCGCAAGAUGAAGCGUCAGGAAAAUUCGCGAGUGAACAUUUUGUGAACCAGGCUACCGAUGACGACAACAAAAUCGGCAAAGGGAAUACUGAGACGUUAGAAAAAGAGCCGAUAUACAUUAGAGUGGCUAUUGAAGCUAGCGUGAAAGACGGGGAUGCAAGGUGUGAAGAGUUUGCAAUGGAAAAGCCUGCUAACCAAAGCACUAGUGAAAACGAGAUUACUGAAGUGAAGACAGGAAAGUUGAUGAGCGAAUCGUUAGAGUCUGCCGAGCACCAUGAAGAGAGUGCGCAAUACGAAAAAUCUGAAACAUUUCUGAGCAAUGCAUCUGUGAAGAAGAGUACAAAUGAGAAUGAAAUCGUCAAACUGAAGGUAGAAUCAUCAGAAACCAAGUUGCGAAAUAUGGCAGCGCGUGAUGAAGAAAUCAUGCUACACGAAACAUCGGAAGAGGUUGCCGACGGAGCAACUACACAUUCGAGCUCAGGUGAUAUUGACGUCACCAAACUGAAGACAGAGAGUUCUGUUGACAAGAUUUCAGAGCCCGUAUGUAAUGAAGCCAGCGUGCCAAAUGAAACGUCUGAACAAACUGAAAGGGAAGCGCCUAUAAGCCAGAGCACUGCCGACGAGGUCACCGUAGUGACGGCUAUGGCACCAGUAAGUGAGAUUUCAGAAACAGCAAUGCCUAACGAAGCAGACGGGCAAAGUGAAACAGUGGAAGACUUUUCAAGCGAAGAGCUUGUCAGUCAAGGUUCUGGUAAGAAAAAUUUCGGAAAGAUAGGAGAAGAGAGAUCGGAAGACCAGCUGGUGACCACAGAAUCGAAAGCACAGAGUAAAACGUCUGAUGAACUUGCAAGCGAACGAUCCGCGAGCCACAUCACUGAUGACCAGCAUAUCACUAAUGAGAAGGCAGAUGCGCCAGGGAGCGAAUUUUUAGAGUUCUUCGAUGAAUUGAGCGUGCAAAUCAAGGCGUCUGAUGCACUUGCAAGCGAAGAAUCUGUGAACCAGAGCAAAAGUAACAUCUUGGUCACUGAAGUGAAGGCGGAGGCGUCUGUAAGUGAACUGCCGAAAGUCCUAAUGUCUACGGAAGCAAGCGUGCACAGUAAAUCUGAAGAGUUCGCAAGCGGAGAAACUGUGUGCCAGAGCACAACUGAUAGCGAUGUCACCAAAGUGAAGGCAGAUAUAUCAAUUAGUGAGCUUCUAGAAAACGUAGUGUCUACUGAAGCAAGCGAGCGAACUGGUACGUUGGAAGAGUCUGCAAGUGAAGCGUCUGUGAACGAGAACAUGAACGAAAAUAUCACCAGGGUGGAGCCAGACACAUAUGUAAGCGAGUCUCCAGAGAUAGCAUUGUCCACUGAAUUGAGCAUGGAAAGAAAAACAGCUGAUGAACUUACAAGCAAAGAAUCUGUGAACCUUGGUACCAAUGAAAACGAGGUCGGCAAAGUGAAUGCAGAGGCGUCUGUAAGUGAGAUGCCAGAACUGUUAGUGUCUAUAGAAGGGAAAAUGCACAGUACAUCUGAAGAAUUUGCAAGCGGAGGAACUGCGCAUCCGGGCACUAGUGACACUGAGAUCACCAAAGUAAAGGCAGAGACAUUAUUUGCUGAGAUUCCCGAGAUAGUAGUGUCCGAUGAAGCGAGUGUGGGAACUGAAACUCCAGAAGAGUCUGCAAGCGAAGCGCUUAUGAACCUUACCACAGACGGAGGGGCCAAAGUGGGGCCAGGUGCGUCAGUAAGCGAUGUGCCAGAGAUGGCAGUCUUCGUUGAAAACAGCGCGGAAAAUAAAACAUCUGAACAUUUAGCAAGUGAUGGAUCUGGAAACCAGAACGUUAAUGACCACGAGAACACCGAAGUGACGACAGUGACUUCGGCAAGCGAGUUGCCAACGCUGAUAGCCCCUAAUGAAAUGACUGACCAAAGUAAGAUAUCUGAUGAGCUUUCAAGCGGAGAAGCUGUGCGCCACAGUGCCAGUGACAUCGCGUUCACCCAAGUGAAGGAAGGGACAUCAGCAAGCAAAGUUUCACAGAUCACAACGGCUGAUGAAGCAAGCAUACAAAGUAAAACAUCUGCGAAGUUUGAAAACGAAGUGCCCGUGAGUGAAACCACCAAUGGCAACGCCAUGGAAGCAAAGGCAGAUACUUCAUUCGAGUGGCCGAAAGUCAUAUUGUCUGCUGAAACGACUAACGAAAGUAAGAUAUCUGAUGAGCUUUCAAGCGGAGAAGCUGUGCACCACAUUGCCAAUGACGUCGCGUUCACCCAAGUGAAGGAAGGGACAUCAGCAAGCAAAGUUUCACAGAUCACAACGGCUGAUGAAGCAAGCAUACAAAGUAAAACAUCUGCGAAGUUUGAAAAUGAAGUGCCCGUAAGUGAAACCACCAAUGGCAACGCCAUGGAAGCAAAGGCAGAUACUUCAUUCGAGUGGCCGAAAGUAAUAUUGUCUGCUGAAACGACUAACGAAAGUAAGAUAUCUGAUGAGCUUUCAAGCGGAGAAGCUGUGCGCCACAGUGCCAGUGACAUCGCGUUCACCCAAGUGAAGGAAGGGACAUCAGCAAGCAAAGUUUCACAGAUCACAACGGCUGAUGAAGCAAGCAUACAAAGUAAAACAUCUGCGAAGUUUGAAAACGAAGUGCCCGUGAGUGAAACCACCAAUGGCAACGCCAUGGAAGCAAAGGCAGAUACUUCAUUCGAGUGGCCGAAAGUCAUAUUGUCUGCUGAAACGACUAACGAAAGUAAGAUAUCUGAUGAGCUUUCAAGCGGAGAAGCUGUGCACCACAUUGCCAAUGACGUCGCGUUCACCCAAGUGAAGGAAGGGACAUCAGCAAGCAAAGUUUCACAGAUCACAACGGCUGAUGAAGCAAGCAUACAAAGUAAAACAUCUGCGAAGUUUGAAAAUGAAGUGCCCGUAAGUGAAACCACCAAUGGCAACGCCAUGGAAGCAAAGGCAGAUACUUCAUUCGAGUGGCCGAAAGUCAUAUUGUCUGCUGAAACGACUAACGAAAGUAAGAUAUCUGAUGAGCUUUCAAGCGGAGAAGCUGUGCGCCACAGUGCCAGUGACAUCGCGUUCACCCAAGUGAAGGAAGGGACAUCAGCAAGCAAAGUUUCACAGAUCACAACGGCUGAUGAAGCAAGCAUACAAAGUAAAACAUCUGCGAAGUUUGAAAACGAAGUGCCCGUGAGUGAAACCACCAAUGGCAACGCCAUGGAAGCAAAGGCAGAUACUUCAUUCGAGUGGCCGAAAGUCAUAUUGUCUGCUGAAACGACUAACGAAAGUAAGAUAUCUGAUGAGCUUUCAAGCGGAGAAGCUGUGCACCACAUUGCCAAUGACGUCGUGUUCACCCAAGUGAAGGAAGGGACAUCAGCAAGCAAAGUUUCACAGAUGACAACGGCUGAUGAAGCAAGCAUACAAAGUAAGACAUCCGCGAAGUUUGAAAACGACGUGCCUGUGAGUGAAACCACCAAUGGCAACGCCAUGGAAGCAAAGGCAGAUACCUCAUUCGAGUGGCCGAAAGUCAUAUUGUCUGCUGAAACGACUGACGAAAGUAAAAUAUCUGAUGAGCUUUCAAGCGGAGAAGCUGUGCUCCACAGUGCCAGUGACGUCGCGUUUAUCCAAGUGAAGGAAGGAACAUCAUCAAGCAAAGUUUCACAAAUCACAACGGCUGAUGAAGCAAGCAUUCAAAGUAAAAUAUCCGCGAAGUUUGAAAGCGAAAUGCCUGUGAGUGAAACCACCAAUUGCAACGUCACGGAAGCAAAGGCGGAUACUUCAUUCGAGUGGCCGAAAAUCACAUUAUCUAAUGAACCGAGUGUCCGAAGUAAAAGUGCGGAAGGAUUUACAAGCGAGGAGUCUGUCAACAAGGGCAGCUGUAACGAAGAGAACGCCAAAGCGGAUGAGGAGGAAUUGCGAAGUGAAUCGCCAGAGACCACAGUCCCUCACGAAGCGAGCGUGCAGGUUGUCAGUGUAGAAACUGAGUUCCAGAGCAGCAGUGAUUAUGAGGCACCUAACGUGACGGCAGAGACAUCAACAAUUGUGAUUCCAGAGAUAAUAGUGUCCGACGAGGCGAGCAUACAAAGUGGAACUCCUGAAAAGGUUGAAGAUGAGGCGCUUGUGAACGAUAGCCCACGUGACGACGCCAUCCCGGAAGCGAAGUCAGAGGCUUCAGCUAGCAAGUUGCCAUAUAAUGAGGCUUCCGUGCAGAGCAUAACGUCUGAAGAAUUUGCGAGUGGAGAAAGCGCUUGUGAAGCCAAAGGGGACGUUGAAAUCUCCACAGAGAAGGCAGAUGUGCCAAUAAGCGAAAUGCCAGAGAUCGCAGUGUCUAAUGAAGUGACUCUACAGAGGAAAACGUAUGAAGAGCUGAAAAGCGAUGCUGCAGUGCACGAAAACACCAAUGACAACGAGGUCACUGAAGUGAUAGCCGGUGCAUCCGUAAUCGAGUUGCCAGAGGUCACAGUGCCAAAUGAAGCGAGCGUAGGAAUUGAAAUAACAGGACAACUUACGAGCAACGGACACGUGCAGCAAAGCAACAGUGAUAACGAGAACACCGAAGGGAAGCCAGAGGCAAACGAUCUGCCAGAAGUCGCAGAGUCUGGUAAACCGAGCGUACAGAUAUCCGAAGAAUUUGCUAGCGAAGAAUCUGUGACGCGAAAUAGCGGUGGCAACGAUGCCACCGAAGUGACGCCAGGGACUUCGAUGAGCAAGCCUCCUGAAUUUGACGCAACGAGAAAACAUUCUGAUUCUGAGGAUCUUGAUAAGACCUCUUCAGAUACUUCAGAGACUCGCAUGGAAUGCAUAACGAAAGACAAUACAACACCGUGCGUCGUCUUGGAUGGCGUCGCUGCACAGGGGCAACAGGAAGCUGCGUUCGAUUGUGCGAGCUUGCCAAGUAACAUGACGAAACGAUUCGCAAAUGCGGAUUCUUAUGAUGAGAUGACUGAGGACAACGAAACCGCCAGCACAGGCGCAGAGAGUGCAGACGGCGAACUACGAGGGAUUGCACGCUCCGAUGAAUUGAUCGAAGGUGGCAGCAUUGAAGAGGUUGACAAAGUUAUGGAAGACGUCACUGGGAACAGCCAGGAAAAUGCUACAAAGGAGUGUGUAGAAAGCAAUUAUUCAGACCGCGCACAUGCGCUGGAUGAAGAACGGCACUGGAGCCAGGAAGCGAGUGCACAAGACAGCCCACAUGAAAAGUUUGCAGAGCAGCAGUCUGUCUAUCAAUUCGCUGAUGAUGAGAAAAACGUGAGUCAAGAUAGUAUCUCAGAAGACAGCGCACUCGAGGGUGUCCCUGCGGAAUUCCGUGAAGCAACCGACGAUCAUCAUACUGCAGAGCUUGGAAACAGCAGCAUAGGCGUUUCACGUAUCCUUCUGGAAGACACAGCUGACGUCACCUCGGCGGCUUCUAAUAACGAACGAAGCAUGCACACGUCAGAGCCUGUGAAAAAAUCAUGCGAAGGAACGGGUGGGCACAGUGAAACGCUAGCAGAAGCUGCAGACGAAGGGCUUGGUAACGUUGACCUCGACAGUAAAGAACAUUUGAAACUUAGAACCACUGGAUCAGAAUCAGUGGAAAGCGAAGUGCUUCACCAUGAAAUUUUGACAUCUCAAGACGUCGUCGAGGCCAGGGAGCCCAGCACAGCUGAAAUGUACAAUACCAAUAUUGCCGGUAUUUCACUGAACUCUUCUUUAGAACAAGAAAACAGGGAUAACAGGUCGUCGUUGCUGGCGUAUGCAGAAGAGAUUGUAUCGACCGUUCUGACAAAGUGCGUAACGUACCUCGGAGAAAAUGACGAGGCAUUGAGGAGAGCAGAGCUGGUGGGAAGAAAUCGUUACGAGUUGAAUGCCGACACAGAAAACGCAGUCAAGGAGAAAACCACUUCUGAUGAUUACAAAGAAGAGCUUCGUAUUCAUCUUCCGCACUCGGACUCCACAAACAGGGGCACUCCCGGUGAUGCCUUCGAGCCGAUUGUCUCGAGACAAUCUGCAUUCGAGGGAGCGAUACCGCCUGCUGACCAUCAAUACUCUGUUACCAGCCGCGAUGCGAACCAAGCGGCAGUGGUUCUUCCAGUCGCUGCAGAAGAUGAAAUAAAUUCUAACGAGGCGCUAAACUAUCCGGUCAUCAGCGAACAGCAUGACCAAUCAGUCAACAUGGAGGCAAUAAACGAAACGAUAACAAACAGCACAAUGGCGCAGUUGGCGAACUACGAUGAAGUCUUCGAUAAUGCUAAAAGUGAUGUGCCACUGAACAGAGCAGAAGACGCGGGUCUUUUGCUAAUAACCAAAGAGCGCCACGACGGAGACGCCAGUGACAGCGCAAGUAUCUCCGAAGCGUUAACCGAAGAUGGUGCGUCGAGCGAGCCUGAACCUCACAGCUCCGUUUCCGCAGUGAAAAGUAAUCAAGAAAUUCCAGACCAGGUUGUAGAGCAAGUUGACCAUUCGGAAGAGAAGCUGGAGGAAGAAGAAAGAUCGGUGGUAGCACGGUUGCUUGAUGAAGCAGGCAAGGAGCCUUCUGAAGGAUCAGAGACACGGCAAAACUUCGUCGAGAGUGAUAACAUGGGAGAAAAUUCUGAACCGGCGCACAGCGUCGCGGCAACGGGACGUAUAAUACGCCAAGUAAGCCAGCUAAACGAAGAGUUGUUUUCAGACAGCGCCGCUUGUGUCCACACGAGGCGUUUCGAACGUUCAACAUCCGAUGUGGAAGCACGAGCAGGUGAUGACGCUAGAGAAAGCGAAGAGGCCGAGAACGAAGCGACAUCCAAUAGUUUUAGCGAAUCUUCCGCGACGACGGUUUCCAUGAACACGGAGGAUUCCGCAGAAAGCGUGUCGGAGUUUUCCACGAAAGCGAGCGAGGAAGCAUCAGACGCUGUUUCCGCCAACGAAGUGAACAGAGACAACUCGGAUACUUCGGACGCGUGCCACACUGAUGAUAAGGACGUAGAGAAUAACAAAUUCAACGGAACACAUUCGCUGGAUAUGCCAGAUAGCGUUGCCGACACAAGUAACAACACUGCAGAGGGGCGAGAAGAAAGCACAAGUAGACGCGAGAAUCGCGCCAGCGUUCAUGGCUCGAAUGGGCAAUCCGAAAUUCCACAUGAUACAGAAGAUGGUAACGGCAUCGGUCAUCAAGGUUGGGACGUGCGGGAACAAACCAAGAAAACCACUGUACCCGAAAACCACGACAUGUUUUCGCAAGAAGUGCGUUCCGAAGUAGCGGUGAAUAACGGAGAAAAUAAUAAAGCAAGUGAACCUUGUACAGAUGCAAACUUUAACGGCUCUGCGAGGCCAAAGGACAAAGAUGUCUCCAAGCACGAAAGCUCAGCUACAGUAGACAACGACAUGGACAGCUUAGGUGCCCUUAGCACUGUCUACGAAAGCUCACUGGAAUACGUUAGGUCUUACACUGACGAGCACAUCAGUGCAAGCGACGUCACCGCGACCGUAAGCGGCGAAUAUUACGCUGUUGGUACGACAACAAUUUCAAAUAUUUCCCCCCUCAAAAAUAUCAGUGCUUUGGGUGGCGUAUUUGUACACGAGGAGCACAGCAAUGAAGGAAAAGCCGAGCUGAACUCGGAUGAAUCGACGAUCAGUGCCCCAAGCUGCCCGCUUCAAACAGAACCAAGUGGCGGCACUGGAGACGCAAACAUUCAGCAUGUGGCAAAUACAAUAAGUGACCCAGAAGUAGCUUCCAGUUUCAUACCGGAAGAAACAGCUGGUGCAUUAGGCAGGCACGUCGACAUGACUGAUUUGUCGGCUGGUAAAAUGUCGACGAAUACGGGAGAAGAUACAGGAACGAAUGAUUUCGAAGCAUCUAACGACUGGAUUACCUUACAGGAAACAGAUCAAGCGAAGGUCGCUGUAGAAGAUCACGGCGAUCCAAUUCAACCGCGAAAAGAACUGGAAAGAGACCAACGCGGUUCACAAAUCGAUAGUGCUGAAAAUGUUACUCAGUAUAGCAAGAAUGCUUCAGCCAUAUGGGAUCAGCGUAGCAGCACAGCUAACAGCGUAAACGAGGGAUAUAUAAAGGCAGGCGACACUUCGAGCAGGGAAAAUGACACGGAGGAUGCGGUUCUUUCGGAACUGCCCAAAACAAAGAUUGCAGAUGCACACGAGGCGCUCCAUCAAGUCGAGCAGCAGGCACUGGAAGAAGACGAGGUGGCGACCAUGGACUUCUCAGACGAAGAAGAGCGCUCUUUAGGCGAUACGGGCGCGCACGAACACAUCGUCUUCGUGGACGUGCACGACAUACCUUUCAGUCAAGAAUCAGGCGACACGGGAAAUGCCGAAAUCGAGCAAGAAGGUGCCCGCGAGGAAAUCGUUUCGUCUAAAACUAGUGGCUCUGCAGUGACAACCACAGAUUCAAACGGCAAAAUAAACGCGAAUAGGACAGAAGAAAUAAAUGUGGUUCAGCUUGACGCAGGAGUUUCAGCGCAAAAUGUUGAAGCCGAUGCGGAUGGACCCAGUUCCACUAGCACACACGUUCACGCUGGAAGCCCGCAUGCGGGAAGCUUGUCCGAGAAAUUGCAGCCGACAGUCGAGGCUUUAAAGACGGCAGUGGUGGUUCACGAGGAAACAAAAUUAGAAGCGCUGGAGUGCAGCGAGGACCUUCUGCACAGUGUUGCCACCGAAGCUGACUUCUCCAGCGACAUUUACGAGCAAGCAAGCGAUGGACUAGAUGCAGAUGCUGGGACUGACGAAGACAAAGUUGAGCAACCAACUACAGCCCUGCCGGCAGAGCCAGUGGAUGUCUCGAGUGCAUACGGAGAUCAGCGAGUGCCCACUGAGGAAUACAAAGGUCUUGACCAAGAGGGCGCACAGAAUGAAAUUAAAGAGCGUAUUGAGGACGAAGCGGUACCGCACAAGAUAUCGUCCAGCGACGCUGUCGAAGAUACCAUUGUACCGGAGCACAUAAAAAGUCCAUCUAACAAGUCAAGCACGGAAAGCGAAGCAGGAUCUGAAAACGUAGACGUCGUGGCGAAUAGUGACUUGAAAUGUGCCGUAGAAGAUUUUUCUAGAUUGAUUUCUUCAGACGGCAACGACGUCCAUGCCACCAAUAGGAAAAGUGGCGAGAAAGGUAGAAUUCACGACGAAGCUGUCAUCACGGAAGCGUCCAACGAGAACGUCGUUCCUGAAGUGACCGAAGAUGAAGGCGAUCAGAAAAGUCAGCCGCGUAAAGCCGCCGGCGCUAAGGAAGGUGAUAAGGCCGACAAUGACAAUCAGGAGGACAGCCUCAAGACAGAUUCAAGCGAGAGCUUUGACCUUUCAGCAGCGGGCGAGGAGAACGUUGGCGAGAGUGGUUCGCGAAAUGUAAAAGAGAAUACCACCCACAGGGUCACCGAAGCUGUCGAGCAGUCCGAACGAACCGAGGGCGGAGACGGCGCCAGCACUGGCGACCCAGUCCGGUCUACCAGAAUCUUCCAAAGGACAGUGAAGCGUACCGAAUCCACUCGAACCGUGCGGAGAACGCGUUCCUUCCUGCCGUACACGAAGUGGAUGAAGGGUGAGGCACGCCAGCGAGCUCGACAGGAGGCGCGGGACGAAGACGUCACAGAGCCGGUGGAGGAAACGCUCGUGGCCCAACAAGCCUUUCCCGCAAUGUCGAUUCCUCGGCGCGGACUCUGCCCGAUGUCUGACUGCCCCGAUGGUAACGUCUGCAGCGUAGCUGUCCAGGCGUUUCCAAGCGUCUUCGACCAGGGAGUUCAGGUCGAUUUUGACGAGCACGACUGCAUCACCAGGCUCGUAGAGCUCCAAAUUGCCAUGAACGAGCAAGAGGAGGUCCGGCGCCAGGACAUGAAGGCUGCCUGCGAACUGGUCGAGAAACUAGAAGCGAUGCAGCUCUCCGAGUCACUCAUGAGGACACAGCUGCGUGCCAUGGACGCCGAGCGCCGGGAGCAGAGCGCGCGUGAGGCCCGCCUCCGGGACGAGCUGACGGCGUGGCAGGAGACGGUGCAGCAGCAGCAGCUCCUGCUGCAGCAGCUCAAGGAGGACCUGGACGACACCGAGGACACACUGGCCGCCCAGAGGCAGGAGGCCAACAGGCUCCGGGAGCAGAUGCUCGUGCUCCAGGAGAGCUGCGACAGCGGCCUACUUAUGGUGGACGUCCUAGGAAGGGCCGACAAGGAAGUCCAGACACCCGACGGUGGUGGGCAGCAACCCUUCUCCAGCUCCUCGCCUUACAAAGGAAUCAGGUUGGACAGCUCCUCGCCGGUGUACCUGGACCAGCUGAGUCAGCACCGGCGGCUGUCGGCGCUGGUGAGCUCGCAGCUGGAGGCCACCGCCAACAGGAUCGCCCAGCUGCGAAGAGAGGCGGCCGCCAACCGGCCCAGGGGAUCGGCGAUCGACGAAUACGUCCAGGACCUGGCUGACAAGGAGGCCAUCGUGCAUCAACUCCUGCUGGAGCAGCAACAAAUGGACGAACUGCUGUCGGAACACGACAAGAUCUUGGCUCACACCAGGAGCGAAAGUUUCAAGUCCAAGGAAGGACAGAUGACCCCCACCUUGCAGACAGAGGAAGAAAAGCUGUGCCUGGUGGGCGCCCGCUGCCUCCACGAGAACCACCCCGAGGUGAUCGCGCGCCAGGCUCGGCUACUGCAGCGUCUGCAGGUGGACAGAAUCGGAGUGUUCAGAACGCCUACGCCGAUCGACCGCUCGUCGGCAGGAUCCUUGCCUAGGAGAGCCGAGCCAACGCAGAGGCCGUACCAUGCCCUUCUCACACAGUACCCCGUUCAUCGAUACGGUCCCAGGCCGAGCGCGCGAGCUGCGGGAGCCCCCGGCGCGAGCGGCGGCGGCAGCAGCACGGGCGGCGCGUCCGACGCGUCGGCCGGCGUCGGCUCGUCGACCGACCAGCGACGCAUCUCCUUCUCGUCGACCUCGACCACGGCGGUCCACUCGCGGAGCCACGGCGUGCUCCGCGUCUCCCAGCAGCGCCAACAGCAGGCGCGGCAACCGCACGCGACGACGAUGACGACGACGGCGCCACUUACGGCGGCGAGCCGCGGCCAUGCGAGGCAGUCGCAACCCGGGUCGAGGCCCCCGGCCGCCGCCUCCCCGAGGAAGACGGCGGAAGCGGAGCGCUUCAACCGCUUCGUCAACACCUCGCGCGGAGCGAACGCUUCGAAGCGAUGACUAGGCGGCGGACGAACGGUGUGGCUCGGAGUCGUUCACUUCUGGAAGCGAACGUUCGAAACCGAUUCGGCGGUGGUCGUAAGAAGCGCGGCCUGUGAUUGGUCGUCCUGGGAAUGCGCAGAACGUCGUCUCUGUAGUAGCCGCGUAAAGAAACGCUAUUGGCUGACAGACCGCGUAGUCCGUGGUAGUGGAUCGACGCGCGGAGACGAUGGCGCGUGCUCAGUGUCUUGAAAAAAAAAGAA